GCAUGUGAAAUAAUUCGGAAUUUAAAAAUAGAUCUUAAAAAUUUGCAUUUAUCUAACAGUAGCAAAUGGAAAUAAAACUUUUAUCGUGCCCUUUGUGCCUUAAGCCGCAUUUUCAAGGAGUGGAAUCUUUGCGUUCGUCGCUAAUAAGUGUAGCAACUUCACAUCUAACAUGCCCUGUUUGUAAUGAAUCUCUCUUAGGAUUAGAUAAAUUAACCAUACAUCUGUUCACUCACAUCACCGACAGUAGUGUUAGCGCUAAAUAUAAUGAAGAAAGUGAAAUGGCAAAGAGCGAAAAAGAAAUUAACGAAAGUAUUAAUAGCCUGAACAAGUCAUUGGUAGAAAAUGACAACGACCAUAUCAAAUGUGAUAUUUGCAGCUUCACUUUUACAGACAGAACUAUAUUAGAUAUGCAUCAAAAGCUCUUACACCAAACUUUACCCGAUAAAAAUACAGGUCUCUACAGUUAUCACUGCCAUCUGUGCAGUAAGAAAUUUAAAAAACGGGGAAGUUUGAUGGUUCAUCUUCGAGUUGCACAUUAUGGUUUCGGACAUCAGAGUUCUGAAAAUUGGAACAAUAGUCCGGAAAGCCCCCAACAAACGACUAGAAGCGUUAAUAUGGACGUCAUCGCAUCGCCAAAAAAUCCACACGAACAAAUCAAAAUUCAAGAUAAUAAACAAUGGGAAUGCGACGUUUGCUCGAAAAUGUUUACAACGAAAUACUUCUUGAAAAAACAUAAAAGGCUGCACACUGGAGAAAUGCCCUAUUUUUGCGCGCAGUGCAACAAGUCUUUUACUUUUCAGCAAUCGUACCACAAACACAUGCUGUAUCAUUCUUCUGAAAAGCCCUAUGUUUGUAACGAAUGUGGUCGAGCUUUUAAAGAAUUGUCUACGCUUCAAAAUCACGCUAGAAUUCAUUCAGGGGAAAGACCAUUUGGAUGCGAAACUUGUGGAAAGAGGUUCAGGCAACGAGUAUCAUAUCUGGUUCAUCAACGAAUACAUACCGGUGUUAUGCCCUAUAAAUGUACUGCUUGUGAAAAAAGCUUUCGAUAUAAAGUGAGUCAGCGAUCCCAUAAAUGUCCUGUAACGCCUCCAGGAUCGGUAGUUAAGGUUACCGAAUCAGAGAAGACUCAAAAACAGGAAACUCUUGUUACUAGUACUAACACUGUAAACAAUGAAGCUAUGAAUGUUAAAUGCAUAAUGUCUGUAGACUAUAGUACUGGCAAUAUAAAUUUUAUACAGAAUGAUCAUCGCAGUGAGCUUAAGCUUAUGUACAUGGAAAAUAAUAUGCCUCAAAGGAAUCCACAAGAGAAUGUAACUGCCAUGGAUGAAGAAAAUAGUUCAUGCCCAUCUCUGAAAAAGUCAGAAAAACCUGCAGAAAACCCCGGAAACAACUUGUGUAACAAUACUUCAGCGUAUACAGCGGAACAUUCAGAUUUGUUUUCAAUGGUUUUGUCACCCUUACUGCCCGAUGUAGAAUCACUAUGUCUGACAAAUUCUUCCGUUGAAAAUCCACAGAAAAAUGAAGAAAAAGUGUGUGAUAAUCUUCAGAUAUUAAAUGAAGAAUCUUUCAAAGAGUUGUUGUAUGGGCCUGGAAACAAAUAAAAUGAAAAAUGUUUUUGCUACGAUGAUUAAAUAUUAUAAGCGCAAGCACUUUGUUA